UUCCAGUUUUAUUUCACCAGGUUUUUACUUCGUGUUUUUAUUUCUGUCUGGAUGUAGCUGCAGAUCUGACGUCAUCACAACAGCUCAUCCUCACUUUUGUCUUUUCGUCUGGAGGAAAUGUCUCGACCGCUUCCUCUCAGUUUUCUGUCUCCGCACGGAGUCCUGAAGUCUCUGCUGGACAAACCUGUGAGGCUGCCCCUGCACCAUGAAGCUUUCAGCAAGGAGCAGGAGAAGGAGAAGAACCUGGAGGAGGAGCACAGCGCCCCCCAGUCAGCCUUCCUGGGCCCAACGCUGUGGGACAAGACUCUGCCCUACGAUGGAGACUCCUUCCAGCUGGAGUACAUGGACCUGGAGGAGUUCCUGUCGGAGAACGGCAUCCCCUCCAGCCUCUCCCACCACCUCCACCACCAUCACGACCAGCACAAACCACAGGCUACAUCACGCCACCAGCCAAUCACGCCCCCAGCCCCACCCACUCUGACGCCCUCAGUGAUGGACCUGAGCAGCCACGCCUCCAUAAACACGAGCGUCACCCCUCCCAACUGUCUCCACAGCAGCCCGGCGAGAGCAGGCCUCCCAAGCUCCAGAAACACUCCGAGCCCCAUCGACCCGGACUCCAUCCAGAUUCCCAUUGGCUACGAACCCGACCCUGCAGACCUGGCUCUGUCCAGCGUCCCGGGUCAGGAGAUGUUCGACCCACGCAAACGCAAGUUCUCUGCCGAGGAGCUGAAACCGCAGCCGAUGAUCAAGAAAGCUCGGAAGGUCUUCAUGCCGGAGGACCUGAAGCAGGAUGACAAAUACUGGGCCAGCCGCAGGAAGAACAACUUUGCGGCGAAGCGGUCCCGGGACGCUCGGCGGCUCAAAGAGAACCAGAUCGCCAUCCGAGCCGGCUUCCUGGAAAAGGAGAACUCUGCUCUGAGGUGGGAGGUGGCCGACCUGAGGAAGGAGCUCGGACGCACCAAGAACAUCCUGUCCAAGUACAAGGGGCUGCACGGGCCCCUCUGACCACACCCACACACAGAAUGAGCCCCGCCUCCUCCUGACCAACCCACUCAGUCACUUCCUGGCUGUGAGGCCAUUCCACCGACCAAUCAGAUCCACCUGCUUUACAUUAAAGGACAAACAUCAACAAAUCACAUGAAAAGACUCAAACUAUCACUUCCUGUCUGAAUUGGUUCCUCAUUGGUUCCCACUGAGGACGCAAAUGAUUCUAAACACCUCACACAGGUGUCGAUUAAAAAACGCAACAAACACUGUUUUUAUCGCUCUGCACUAGCGACACCUAGUGGAGACAUGGAGGCUUUCAGGUUGUUUGUCUCAUUAUCGUGAACAUUUCUUCAAAUUUGGUCCAAAUGUUAAUUUAGAUCCGGGGUCGGCAACCUUUUCUAUCAAAAGAGCCAUUUUGCCCGCUCUUCUACCAAAUAAAAUUUGUCUGGAGCCGCAAAACAUAUUUGAUAACACAGCUUAUAAAGUUUUAUUUAUAGUUUAACUCAGUGUUGAGCCAGUUCUCACUUAAAAUGAACGAGUUCAAAGUUCAGUUCAUGCAGAUGAAAAUGAACUAGUUCACGUUCAUAGUAUAUUUUAUAACAUUUUUAACAAAGUUCACGGUUCCAAAAAUUGAACUAGUUCACGUUCAUUUGUUCCAGUUGGACUGAAGCUGUUGACGAGUCCUUUCCAUGAUGUUUCAAUGAGUCUGAUAAACUGGAGUCAAACCAACACUCAGUGACUUCCUGUGCUGAUCAGGUCCUGAGAACUAGUGAUGAGUGUGUACUAGUUCCAGUGAAGCCGAGUGGAGGAGGACACAGAAACUCCAGCUCGGUACAAACCAGCUUCUGCUCUGAUCCUGAAGCAGCUGAGACCAGAGGAACUCGGUGUUUCACUUCUACAGAGUCACUGAGCGGCUGCUUCAGGUGCACAAGCUGUGAU